GCAAUGACUAGUAUUUUUAAUAGUAUUAAUAAACUGUGACUACACAUGAACUUGAAUAAAAACACACUUUAAUUUGCACACACUAUGAUCUAACAAGGAAUACAAAAAUAGGAGAAAUCAUUUAAACGUGAAGGAAAAGAUUUUUCAGGCAAACUAAUUAGCUUCUUUGCAGUUUAUUCAUUAGAUGAGGAAUUAUCACGAUAGUAGUACUGGUUAUUAUUGUUCUUGUUAAACUAAUAAUAAUAUUAAUAAUAAUAUUCUUGUUGUUCAUCAUAUUAUUAACAUGUCUGGUGAUUAUUUUUCAAGAACACCAGCUUUAUUAUACUCCUAUGUUGAUUCCGAUUAUAAAACAUUUCAAUUUAAAGUUGAUCAGAUCAAUGAUCAAUUAGCCCCGAUGACAACAUUCAAUUCUAAUAAUAAUUUUAAUAAUUACACUGAUCAUUAUAAUCAUGAAUUUGAUGACAUAUCAAUGAAAUAUGGAACACAAUCUAUUCUGCAGGUACUUCCAAAUAAUCCACGACAUCAUAAUCAUCCUCCUCCUCCUCACCAUCAUCAUCUUCAACAAGAACAGAAUUAUCAUGGUAAUCAACAUGAUUUCUUAAACAAUUAUUGUUCUUCUGCAACAACAUGUUCAACAGUAUUAAAAUUAACUCGUACAACCACUACUGCCAAUACACCACUUACAUCAACAAAUAAUGCCAGUUGUUAUAACAUUCAUAAAUCAAGCGAAAAUCAGUUAAUCAAUUCAACCUCAAGGCAGAUUAAUCAACGUAAACAAUCCAAUAUGAUUGCAUCACCUCAUUACGAUAAUUCGUCAACUGGUAAUCAUCAUUUAAUAAAUGAGUUAUCUACCGACAAUUGGAGUAAACAUUCUCCACAAACAUUAACCAAUUUGUCAGGAAACGAUCAGUGGCUAUCGACAUCCACUCCAAGAUCACCUUCCAUAAGUGGAAACUAUGUUAAUAGUGUAGUUUCUGUUAAUCUCAGUACUAAAGUUGAUCCAACAACUACUACUGAUGUUCAGCUUACUACAACAACAACAACAACUAAUCCUAUAUCUAAUUGUAUAACAUCUACAAACAUGAACAAUAAACAUACAUCAUUAAAAUUGUAUACAGAGUCUAGAAUAAAUCAAAAAUUGUGCUUAACAGAUAAUAAUGUUGAUUGUUAUGAUGUAAAUGUAAAUGGCACUACUACAGACGUAGAUACGAAAUGUUUUCUACCACCGGCUAAUCAAAUUAUAUCAUCAUCAUCAUGUGUUAUAGAUGAUCAUGCAAAUAAGCCUAACAGUCUACCAUUAUCAGCUUCCUCAUCACCACCAUCAUCCUAUGAUUGUACAUUAACAGAUACUAAAAUAUUACCCAAUCAUUUGUGGUCUACAACACCUUAUUUAUUUCAUAAACAUUUAGGGAAUACUGCAAACAGUAUAUUUCCUACAGUGCAUGAAUCUUAUCCAAUUCAACCUUUGAUGACAUCUUAUUUGAAUAAUACUUCAAAUAUUGAUUAUCAUCAUAGCCAACAACAGGAUCAGCGACAUUCAACAUUCAGUAAUAAUGAUGAUCAAAAUAGCAAUAAGGUAUCAAACUAUAUGCUAGCUGUUGACUCACGUUCUUAUCACCAUCUUCAUAAUAUAAGUAGUCCUGAAGGAUCAUCUGGUGAUGUUUGUCCAACUCUUUCAAAUGAAACGAUAAGUUAUGAUAAUGAUUUAAACAAAUAUGAAUCAUUUCAUUCAAUGCAAUCGUCUUGUCUAUUAAAUAAUCAUUGUAUGAAUAACACUAAUCAAUGUAAUGAUAAUGAAGAAAAUCAUCAAGUGAAUAAUGACUGUUCAACAAUUUUAAGUUCAGUAAACUUUACUUAUUUAAAUUCUAUGCCAAUAAAUUCAAUGUUACCAACAAUGACCACAUUUACAACAACAACGCUUAGUACCACUGAAUCAUUAUCAUCAUCAUCAGUAGUGACUUCAAAGUGUAUUUCAAACGAUUUCAUGAAUAAAAAUGAAUCGGAUCCAAUUAAAACGUGUACUCAUGAAGAUAAUCUUAUACCAUCUCCAUCCAUGUUGUUAUACAACACUAUGAACAUGUCAUUUCAUAACAUGUUAAUGAAAGGCACCAGUGAUAAUUGUGAAUUAAAUUGCAGAAAUGAUAAUAUCAGUAAUGACGAUGAUAUUGAUGUUGAUGAAAUGGAAGAGGAGGAGGGAGAAGAAAAUUUCAAUGGUAAUUUGAAACGUAAUCAUUCAACUGAUUUGUCCGAUUGUGAGGAUGAUGAUGAUGAUGACGAUGAUGAUGUAGAAGGCGGAGAUAACUGGAAUCAAAGAGAUCGAACUACAACUAAUAAUGAUACGAGAUCUAAAUUAAAAGAUGAAUUGACCAAAGAUAUUGAUAAUCGAAAAAAGAACAAUGGAGCUACUAGGCGAUCAGAAAAACCGCCAUAUUCCUACAUUGCUUUAAUUGCAAUGGCCAUCAAAGCAUCUCCGUCAAAACGAUGUACACUAAGCGAAAUCUAUCAAUAUCUUCAUACACAAUUUCCAUUCUUUCGUGGACAGUAUACUGGAUGGAAAAAUUCAGUCAGACACAAUUUGUCACUGAAUGAAGUUUUUAUUAAGUUACCAAAAGGUAUGGGUCGUCCUGGGAAAGGUCAUUAUUGGACUAUUGAUCCAGCAGCAGAAUUUAUGUUUCAAGAUGGUGCAUCAAGAAGACGACCAAGAGGUUUUCGAAGGAAAUGCGCAUCAGCAGCAGCUGCUGCAGCUGUAGCGGCAGCAGUUGCAGCAAAUAUCUCGUCAGGAAAUGAAUAUUCACAAAUAACUCAUGAUAAUGCAAUGCAUAAAAUUUCCACAACACCGUUUGACAGUUUUAAUUUAGGAAAUAUGAGUCAUGAUUUAUUAACUAAAGAGAUGACACGAUUUUUCAUUCCAAAUUCAGCAAAUACUCGUAGUAUGAAUUGUGAUAAUAUAAAUAAUGUUUCAAAACUUCAAACGCUUUCUAACGGAUUGCCGAUACCAUCAACUUUGAAUAUAACAAGUUUAUCAUCAAAUCCUAUACCAUUUAAGUGUGUCGAACGAGAAGGAGUUGGACCAUCAUCUUCAUCGUCUUCCAUUGACAGUAUUUUCAAUAAUCAUUCUACAACUACUAUAAAUGGACUUGCACAUGGAUCCAGUACUUCAUCUUCAGUUCCAUUUGAUAACGUAUUCCGUAUACAGUCAGAUUCUUUUGGCUUAAAAUUAUCGGGUUCACAUAUGGAAUUUCCUGCAAUAACAGCAAACCUUACAGAAAAUAUACUUGUUUCUAAAACAAACUCAGGAGAUUUAGAUCCUUCACCGUACAGUUUUAUGGACCCAUCGGAGCAUCCAAGAGAUAAUAAUAGUAUUCCAGUUAAUCAACAGUUACCUCCAAUUUACCAAACUAUGAUGCACAAAACUUUACCAUGUCUACUGAAUUCAAAUCCGACAACUGUUUCUCCACUUUAUAAGCCUACUGUUUCUGACUCAUAUACUGGUUCAAUGAAUAUAAGUAGCAAUACACAACAUCAUGAAGAUAUACAAACAGAUUUUACAACGUACUAUGGUAGAGAAAAAGAUCCGCCAAUAAAUGACUCACAUUCAAACCAAGUAAAAGUAAACCAUCAUAAUUUAUAUGAAAAUAACUUCAGUGUUAUACAACACUCUCAGGGUUUAUCUCUAAAUACAAAAGAUGUAAGUUUACUGAAUCAAAACAAUGAACAACUAAAUAGUGACCUUGACUUACGUUGGUCUAAUGAACAUGUAUGCUGGCCGUGUGAUGCACCAAUAAAACGAAACCAAACGUUUAAUCAAAAGGAGUGUAAUCAUACAGAAGUUUCCUCAAAUGUCAUUGAAUCUAAUUCAUAUACAAAUGAGGUUUUCAAUGUUUCGCAAAUAAGUACUAAUACCUGUAAUAAUAUUAAUACAACUGCCAACGAUUUCGGUGAUCCCACAAGAAGAGUAGUUGAAAGAUUUCAAGAACAUGAUAAUUCUCUAUACACAGGAGCCUUAUUAUCACCAUCCAAAAAUAAUCCACAAUUAAUUGAAUCCAACAACCAACCAGACAUAAAGCAUACCAGCUUGAUAAAAUCGGAUGAAUCAAAUCGAAUAAAUUAUUCAAUGAGUUCACUUGAUAACGAAGUUAAUAUUCAUGUGGAAGACUCAUCAUGUCUUCCUAUGUUUCCACGAAUCGAGAAUAACCAGAAUGAAAAUGAAGAAUCUCAUGAACGAAAAGAAGUCUUAGAGUACAAUACAACAACGGAUUCACUACCGACAUUCGUUACAACUUCACAAUCUCAAAAUCAAAACUAUGUGUGAAAAUUUACUUGGUUAAUUACUUACUGGUUCAUAAGUAGUAUCAUGUACUAUUUAAAAUUUUUAUUCCUUUUACCAAUGUUUUUAAAGAAAUUUGUUUCCCUUAACUCCCUAUAUAUAUAAGUGAAAACAGUCUCAUCAAAACUUUGAUAUAAAUAAAUGCAUAUAUUUCUAUUUAAGCGUUUACACUGACGCAUAUAUAAGUAUAAAAUAAGUUUUUUUUUUGAUGUUUCGUUUGUCCAAACUCAUAAAACUUUCAUUUUAUUCGUUUGUCCAUCAUCUUUGCCAUUACUAUUCAUUGUUGUUUUCGUAAAAUUCAUAUAUAUAUCAGCAUUAAUAUGGUUAAACGUUUUAGCAACAAAUGCCACUGAGUAAUACUGGCUUUUUGUGAUUUAUACUUUCAUUACCAAUUCACAAAAUACAAAUAUCGAAACUGAAAUCUCAAAGCAUGUGUUCACACUGAAAAAAAUAAAACAAACAGGUUUUCUUUUUAUCUUCUUAUAUUUCUCAUUUAACAAAUAUAAAUUAAAUUAUGUCGAAUAAUUGUGAAUUCAUUAAUUAACUUUGAAUCUCGUUGUUUGUUCUCUGUUGAUAACUUUUUUUCUACUUUGUUAACAAAUAAAGGAAUUAUAAUGUUGGAUGAAAAUAUGUUCCUUCAUAUACAACUUUUUUUCUUGAAUUUAUACGUAAAUAUAUAUGCACAAUACUACUAAUAUCUUUAAUGUUUCAAUUGAUAUAAAAU